AUGGUUCCGCCUCAGCAGUGCCUGCAGCAUGCAGGGGGGUGGCUUGGUGGCUAUACUGAGGCCAACUGGCUUUGGCUUCACGUGUUAUGGAUCCUCCUUCGACGUUACCUUAUCAGUAGGACCACGGUGCUUCAUGACAUUGAGCUCUUGGGAAAAGCCCCACCUGCUCAGAAAAUCCCAGGAACGGUCGUUGUCGCUGGAAGAAGUUUGUCCGGAUACGUUUCUGCAAGAAUUUUGGCCGAUUACUUUGAGAAAAUCGUUCUGAUCGACCCUGAUACAAGUGUAACGGCUGUUGGAAGAGUACCACAACGUUCUCACUUCCACGUUGUCUUGGCCAUCUCUCUGACAAUCCUUCGUAAACUCUACACGAGCUUUGACAGUGAGGCGCCAAAGGAUGAUGUUUACAUAUUUCCUGGAUUGAGACACUGGUGGAUUGGUAGGAACUACUUUGGCGACCUCAAAUCAAAGAGGCCAGAUCAAAUCAGUGGCUCCCGAAUCUCAGUUGAACGUCUCUGUCGGCGCUUGUGCAAUGCAUACUGCGGUGACCAGCUUCAAGUCAUUCAGGGAACCGUCACCGGCAUUACAGCUUCACCCGACAAAGCAACAAUCCAUUCCGUUUCUUACCGCCCUGCCUCGGAUGCCCCCACGACGGCUCCAAGUACUUUACUAUGCGCACUCUUUGUGGAUUGCUCUGGCGCAUCAACAAUCGGUGCCAAGUUAUUGCCAGCAGCCUGCGAGAAAUGGGGCCCUUAUGGUCGCGCUUCGUAUAAUCCGAACGUGAAAUACUACACCACGUCCUUCCCCCUUGCUCCCGAAACGCAAGAGAAGGUAUCGAAGGCAUUGCCUCAAGACGAUCGGUCGUUCGGGAGGUGGGAAACUUGCACCGUCAUUGGUGCAGUUUCGCCAACACCUGAAAGUGGCCGAGACCUUUUCGGUUAUCAGCGAAUUGAAGGGAAUAGAUUGCUCGUUGGGUAUUCUGGGUGGAAUAUCGACACAUGUCCUAGGACUUUGGCUCAGUAUAUUGAAACAGUGAGACAAUUGUACAACAAAAGCAUCCCUAGCUCGCGCCACCACCGAGAUGAAUGGUUUUUCGAGCUGUUACGACUCAUUGGAGAAGAUGCAGAUAACCUCGACGAACCUAUCAAGUGGGAUGCUCACACCAUGACUUCCUGCUAUUGGAUUGACUAUGCGUCCAAACCUAUCCCAAACAAUUUUAUCGCCGUUGGUGAUGCCUUGAUGGGAGUAAACCCAAUUUUCGGGCAGGGCGUGACCAAACUCUUGGGCAACGCCACGGUUCUCAAUGCUACCUUGCAUAAAGCAACAAAGUCUUCGAAGAAACUACAGUUGUUGCCAGGCUUUGCUCAUUCGUACUUCGAGCGUGUACUUCGUAUCGACAGGGGCAUGUUCGAUACUAACCGUCUUCUGGAUUAUGGUUACGAUUCUACAAUACCCCAGCCUGGAGAAACGUUGGAGACAGGAAAAACCUUCAGGAAAUAUUGGGAGGCGCUAGUCAAUUUCGUUGCUCAUGAUCCAACUGGAUACGAGAUCUUUAAUAAUGCGUUAUGCGGAUUCAGCCCCGGGAUAGAUUUGAUGAGUCCUUCGUUUGUCCUCAAGUCGAUAUUUUGGUUGUGGUGGUCCCCCCUAGGGUCUUCCUAG